AGAAUACACUAUCAGUGUUGGAAAAACAGAAAAUCCACUCCAUACACAAGAAACACAAUUCGAAAUGCUUCCACACACCAUAACAUGAAAUGAAAUGAAACAACAACACUGAACCCUUUAACUCUUCAAAUCAAAUUUCAUCUCUUCAAUUUUCAAAAUACCUUAACAAAUCUCUUCUCGAUUCAAACCUAAUCAAAACGAAACCCUUCAACACCUGUAGAUCUGUACAAAAAAACCCUCAAUUUCUCUUCAUCCCAAUUUUCCCAAUUUUUUUUGGGAUUCUUGUAGUUGUAUGAUACUCUAGAAAUUUCACAUUUUUCUUCUCAGAUUUCGUUACUUUAGGCUUCAAUCGUAACCCCAUUUUGAUAAAUCAUCGCUUUAGGGGUUCGGCUUUAGUUAUCAUUUCAGUGAUUUUGAAGAAACCCUAGCUUCUUGGUUGAGUUUAGGUUACUGUAUAUUCUUUUUCAGUAGAAAUUUUUGGGUUUUGAAUCUGUAACAUGAACAAUAGAGCGAGGUACCCACUUGGGAACAACGGGUUAGGACGAGGUGGAGGUGGUGGAGGGUUUCAACAGAGACCAAAUCAACAACAGUAUGUGCAGAGGCACAUGAUGCAAAAUCAGCAUCCACAGCAACAAUACCAGCAGAAUCAACAGAAUCAACAAUAUCAGCAACAGCAGCAACAACAACAGUGGCUGAGAAGGAACCAGUUGAGUGGUACUGAUACCAGUGUUGUGGAGGAAGUUGAGAAGACUGUACAGUCUGAAACAAAUGACUCUAGUUCACAAGAUUGGAAGGCAAGCCUAAAGCUUCCACCAGCUGAUACACGCUAUAGGACAGAGGACGUGACAGCAACUAAAGGAAAUGAGUUUGAGGAUUACUUUUUGAAGCGUGAGCUGCUAAUGGGAAUAUAUGAGAAGGGGUUUGAAAGGCCAUCCCCAAUCCAAGAAGAAAGCAUUCCAAUUGCCCUUACUGGUAGUGACAUUCUUGCUAGGGCUAAAAACGGAACAGGCAAAACUGCUGCAUUUUGCGUUCCUGCAUUGGAAAAAAUUGAUCAAGAUAAUAAUGUUAUUCAAGUUGUUAUACUGGUUCCAACACGAGAAUUGGCUUUGCAAACAUCUCAAGUAUGUAAAGAGCUUGCAAAGCAUUUGCAAAUUCAAGUUAUGGUCACAACAGGCGGUACAAGCCUGAAAGAUGACAUUAUGCGUCUAUAUCAACCUGUUCAUCUGCUAGUUGGUACUCCAGGAAGAAUUUUGGAUCUUGCAAGGAAGGGUGUCUGCGUUCUAAAAGAUUGUUCUAUGCUCGUCAUGGAUGAGGCUGAUAAACUUCUCUCCCCAGAGUUCCAGCCUUCGAUAGAGCAGCUGAUUCAAUUUCUUCCCUCAAACCGUCAAAUCCUUAUGUUUUCAGCUACAUUUCCUGUUACUGUAAAGGAUUUCAAAGAUAGAUAUCUUUGUAAGCCGUAUAUCAUUAAUCUUAUGGACGAGCUAACUCUGAAGGGUAUCACCCAAUUUUAUGCAUUUGUGGAGGAGAGGCAGAAAGUCCACUGCCUAAAUACUCUUUUCUCUAAGCUGCAAAUAAACCAGUCAAUCAUCUUCUGCAAUUCAGUCAACAGGGUUGAACUCCUUGCCAAGAAAAUCACAGAACUAGGGUAUUCAUGUUUCUAUAUUCAUGCUAAGAUGUUGCAAGACCAUCGUAAUAGAGUUUUUCACGACUUUCGUAAUGGUGCCUGCAGAAAUCUUGUUUGUACUGAUCUUUUCACUAGGGGAAUAGAUAUCCAAGCAGUAAAUGUUGUUAUCAAUUUUGAUUUUCCCAAGAACUCAGAGACAUAUCUGCACAGGGUUGGUCGAUCAGGGAGGUUCGGACACCUUGGUUUAGCAGUGAACUUAAUAACCUAUGAGGAUCGUUUCAAUUUGUAUAGGAUUGAACAAGAACUUGGCACUGAAAUAAAACAAAUUCCUCCAUUCAUUGAUCAGGCCAUAUAUUGUCGGUGACUGGUGUUAAAUACCCUGUCUGUAUUCUCAACUGUGGUGAAUAGCAUUGCUUGAUGUGAUUGUCACGCAAGCAGGUGCGAAUACGCUGCAUGAGGAUUCAAUAAAGAAGUUAGGGUAUUGUUAGACCCUUUUGUUGAAUGUUCUGUUAUUUAUUUAUGCUUUUAAGAGCCCUGGAACAUGAUUAGGACCUAAAGUUUAAUAAUGGGUUUUUAAAUGCCAGACUUAUGCUUGGCUCCGUUUAGGUUUCUGUGGAUUGCAUUUGCAAAUGUGGUUGAUAAUAAUUGUUAUUACUCUAAAUUUUCCCA